AUGUCUGAAAACACACUCAAACACCCUGCAGAUUACAGCCCUGGCUCUUUUCAGGAUGACAAGCAUCAGAGGAUUGAUAUGCAGGAAGGUACAAAUUCUUGCAUGGAUUCAGGAGUCUCCGCUUGUAUGCAUUGCAUGUAUGAUGAACAGGGCAAUGCGUGUUUUCACAUGGACAAAUAUGCAUACGCCUGUUCCUAUGUGCGCUGCCAUGACACUUCGUCAGAUAUCAGCUCAAUUGAUAGCAAGACCAAGUGUUUAAUCAACCAAUUGAAUGAGACAAUUGAGUGGCUGCAGCAGGAGCUGUGUCUCGCUGACCAGACACGUCACGACACCAAAGUUGAACACAAUCAGCAGGCCAAACUGGACCAGAACGACAUAUAUAUAACAUACUUUGAGGUGCAGUUAGAGUAUGAGAAGAAGGGCAUCAUUGAGUACAAGCACUUGGUGGAUCGGGAGGCCUCGGAGAAGCAGUGUUUGAUUUUUGCCCUUGAUGAGCUGGAGCGGGGAGCAUAG